AAAUCACCAAGAGAUAAUCGUUUUCUAGAUAUAUUCGAGGUUGUUGAAUUUGAUCAUAUCCCUUGUACAUCUUCUAAUGGAUUGGAAGGAUUAUGCCUUCAUGAAUAUGAUUGCCAGAAGUCAGGUGGUACUAAUAUGGGAGUGUGUGCUGAUGGCUAUGGAACGUGUUGUAUCGUGCAAUUCACAUGCGAGAGUAGAUCUGCAUCUCCUAACGGGUGGUUUACUAAUAGAGAGUUUCCCUUGCCAACCUUUGACAGAUUAUCGUGCACCAUUACUUUGGAGAAAGCAUGGCCAGAAGUUAAGCAAAUAAGACUGGAUUUCUUAACAUUUGAAUUGUUGCCUCCCAACUCUGGAAAUUGUGAACAGGACCAAUUUAUAAUAACGGGACAAGAUGUCAACAAUGUUUUACCAAUCCUAUGCGGAAUCAAUACGGGCCAGCACGUCUAUGUAGAAGUUGGAAAUUCAGCAGGCCCUAUCAAUUUGUCGAUCCAAACUGUCACACCUGAGAGUCGUAUAUUUGCUAUAAAGAUUACACAACUUUUGCCAAAUAAUGCCUUAUCACCACCGUCUGGAUGUCUCCAGUAUUUCCAAGAAGAGCAGGGAUAUUUGGUAUCUUUUAACUAUCGGGACAUUUCCGAAAUAUCGAAUGGAAAAACAUCAUCUUAUCUGAAUAAUCUAAAUUAUGUAAUUUGUAUACAACGUCAACCGGGUUCUUGCAGUAUCACUUAUAAAAAUGCUGGAUACAUGCAGAUUGUAAAUUACGAUGGUGAAGGUCUUCCAAUAUUACCUCCAAGGCAAGCAGGAGUAGAAAUCUUUAAUUGUCCGUCAGACUGGCUGUUAAUAUCUGCAAUACGACUUUGUGGAGAAAGAUUAAAUGAUGGGUCUUCCAUUCAAGACUUCUCUUUUGAUGCACCAGUUACAGAUAGUGCUGUUGGUCCUAUUAUGGUUUUGUUUAGAUCUGAUAGUGUUUACACUGGCCGUGGAUUUAAAUUACACUAUCAGCAAAAUUUGUGCUUAAAUGCUUCAUAAAUUAUAAAGAUAUCAUUCAUAUUAAUCUAUUAUAAAAAAAGUUAAACUUAAACUGCAGAAAUUAUUAUUUUAUUCUUGUUGAUGUAAAAGGUAAACCGUUUUAUAUUGUAAUUAGUUAAG